AUGGUCACCAGCAAGCUGGCGUUGAGCUCCCUCUUCCACAUGAAGGCCAAGGAGGAUGCUCCGGCGCCGUCACCUCCCCGUGACCCGGGCGCCGCGCAUGCCUGGGCGUGGCCGUCAUGCAAGGUCCCAAGAACAGAGUCCUUCCACGCCGCGCCACCGCCGCCCGGCGCACGGACGCUGGCCUCGAUCUUCCUCGAUUCCGGCGAGAGCUCCUUCACGAACUCCUCCGCGCGGCGCGGAGAUGACUGCUCCGGCAGCAUCUCCACCACGGCGUCCGAGGCGUCGGCGGUGGGGGGUGACGACACGGCAGCCGUCGACGACGACGCCGAUAUCGUGGGGGGCCUCCUCCGCUCCUCCGACCGGCUCCUCUUCGACCCGAUUGCGUCGGGCGCCACGAGGUCCAUACUGGAGGAGAAGCCGGUGGAGGCGUUCGCCGGCGGCCUGGCGGUGGCGUUCGAGUCGGCGGACCCGUACCGGGACUUCCGGGCGUCCAUGGAGGAGAUGGUGGCCUCGCACGGCGUCGAGAGCUGGGGCUGGCUCGAGGAGAUGCUGGGGUGGUUCCUGCGCGCCAACGGCGAGGAUACGCACACCGCGAUCGUGGCGGCGUUCGUCGACGUCAUCGUGUCCAUCGCCGACCCGGCCCGCGGCGGCUCCUGCUCGUCGUCCCAGAGCUCCUCCCGCACAUUCAUGGACGGAGAGUAA